UUAGAGCAUUAAUCAAUUCUUUUUAUUUCUGUUCCAGACUGUUUAGGCAAGCAGACAGGGGAACAAGAUCGAAACGCAACUUAGUUUAUCUGCAAAGAAGGAUGUCUGGACGAGACAAGGAUAAGGGUAAGGCUCAUGCUGUAGAUCAUGGGAAGCCGAAGAAAAAGAAGAAUGGAAGAAUAGAUGUUUCCUCAGACCCUACCAGACAGUGGGUUCGGCCGACGGGGGUUAUCUUCCGUAACAUUGAUGAACGAACUGGUACUCCUAUUCCUACUGCUACUACUCCACCUCCUUACCCCACUCCAUUCCCGAUUAUUCCUCCCGCACCAUUCCUGCCUAAUCCUCCCGCACCAUUCCCGCCUAUUCUUCCCGCAUCAUUUCCAGCAGCUACUACUAGUCAGGCUACUACUAGCCAACCCCCUUCCGCACCAUUCCCGCCUAUUCUUCCCGCAUCAUUUCCAGCAGCUACUACUAGUCAUGCUACUACUAGCCAGCCCCCCAUAUAUUCUAAUCCUGGUUUUGCCAUGCCUGGAUUUACUCCGCCAUCCACACACUCGCCAAAUUACAACACCACCCGGUCUAAUGUCCGACAAGGCUUUAACACAUCCGUUCCAUCACAAUCAUCAACGGAACUGAUGCAAGAUCUUAUGCAAACUGGAAAUUUCCUAGCCUUACUUGCUGAUCAACGGCCUCCACAACAGCAACAACAACAACAAAACAACCAAAAUGAAGAGGUACCGUCUGGGGGUGAUCGACAACGACGACAACGACGUCAAAUCAUUGAAGACUGGGAGUAUGUGGAUAACCUUAUUGUGGUUACACCAACACCUGAAACGUUAGAGCCAUCCCACGGAGUAUCAGAACAUAUUAGAAUGGCGAUCUAGACGUUUUACCCUAAAUUUAGGCGUUGGGCCGUAUAUACAGAUCUUACUACCGAUGACAGGAAUAACCUUUUUAAAUACUUUUCGGAUUUUUGUAGAUGGGAACCUCAUCAUCACACUCUUGUAGAUAGAAACUUUCAUAGUGUAGCUGCAAGACGUUUAUCAGAUUUAUUAUAUGAUGAACGGAAGGAAUUGAAAAAACGUAAGGGCAAUUAUCGUACAGAAUGGAUCGGAGAGAAAAGUUGGGAGUUAUUGCUGAAGUAUUGGAAUGAAGAUCCACAUUUUAAGAACCGGUCUAGAGCUAACAAGCUG